AUGAAGGCGGCGCUGCUGAUCCAGCGCUGGUACCGGCGCUCGCUGGCGCGCAUGGAGGUGCGGCGCCGGUACACGUGGACCAUCUUCCAGGAGAUCGAGUACGCCGGCGAGCAGGACCAGAUGAAGCUGUACAACUUCUUCAACGCGCUGCUGACGCACAUCCCGGCCGCGGCGGCCGCCUCGGCGCAUGCGCAGACGCCCCCGGCCAGCGCGGGCCCCGACGCCCAGCGCGCGCCCUCCGCCGCC